UAUCCAGAUACUAUUCAACAUGUGGACGAGAGCAAGCACAUCGCCGUGUUCAACAAGGGGCGCUUCUUCAAGGUGUGGGUGUUCUAUGAUGGGCGCCUGCUGUUGCCGCGGGAGAUCGAGCAGCAGAUGGAGAGGAUCCUGGCUGAUAAGAGCAAACCCCAGGAAGGGGAGGAGCACCUGGCUGCGCUCACCGCAGGGGAGAGGUGGGUGGGGCUGCUGACAGGAAGUGAUGUCAUUACGGCAUACUUACUGGCUUGCUACACUAGACACAUAACUUAUGCCAGUGUAGCAGUUAAAAAACCUACUGUUUCCCGAUGCCCCAAUGUAGCUCCUAUGUUAAGGUGCAUUUAUGUUGCCCUGACAUGGGACGAUUAAGUACUAUUGCUUAUACAGUGGGGAAAAAAAGUAUUUAGUCAGUCACCAAUUGUGCAAGUUCUCCCACUUAAAAAGAUGAGAGAGGCCUGUAAUUUUCAUCAUAGGUACACGUCAACUAUGACAGACAAAAUGAGAAAAAAAAUCCAGAAAAUCACAUUGUAGGAUUUUUAAUGAAUUUAUUUGCAAAUUAUGGUGGAAAAUAAGUAUUUGGUCAAUAACAAAAGUUUCUCAAUACUUUGUUAUAUACCCUUUGUUGGCAAUGACACAGGUCAAACGUUUUCUGUAAGUCUUCACAAGGUUUUCACACACUGUUGCUGGUAUUUUGGCCCAUUCCUCCAUGCACAUCUCCUCUAGAGCAGUGAUGUUUUGGGGCUGUCGCUGGGCAACACGGACUUUCAACUCCCUCCAAAGAUUUUCUAUGGGGUUGAGAUCUGGAGACUGGCUAGGCCACUCCAGGACCUUGAAUUGCUUCUUACGAAGCCACUCCUUCGUUGCCCGGGCGGUGUGUUUGGGUUCAUUGUCAUGCUGAAAGACCCAGCCACGUUUCAUCUUCAAUGCCCUUGCUGAUGGAAGGAGGUUUUCACUCAAAAUCUCACGAUACAUGGCCCCAUUCAUUCUUUCCUUUACACGGAUCAGUCGUCCUGGUUCCUUUGCAGAAAAACAGCCCCAAAGCAUGAUGUUUCCACCCCCAUGCUUCACAGUAGGUAUGGUGUUCUUUGGAUGCAACUCAGCAUUCUUUGUCCUCCAAACACGACGAGUUGAGUUUUUACCAAAAAGUUAAAUUUUGGUUUCAUCUGACCAUAUGACAUUCUCCCAAUUCUCUUCUGGAUCAUCCAAAUGAACUCUAGCAAACUUCAGACGGGCCUGGACAUGUACUGGCUUAAGCAGGGGGACACGUCUGGCACUGCAGGAUUUGAGUCCCUGGCGGCGUAGUGUGUUACUGAUGGUAGGCUUUGUUACUUUGGUCCCAGCUCUCUGCAGGUCAUUCACUAGGUCCCCCCAUGUGGUUCUGGGAUUUUUGCUCACCGUUCUUGUGAUCAUUUUGACCCCACGGGGUGAGAUCUUGCAUGGAGCCCCAGAUCGAGGGAGAUUAUCAGUGGUCUUGUAUGUCUUCCAUUUCCUAAUAAUUGCUCCCACAGUUGAUUUCUUCAAACCAAGCUGCUUACCAAUUGCAGAUUCAGUCUUCCCAGCCUGGUGCAGGUCUACAAUUUUGUUUCUGGUGUCCUUUGACAGCUCUUUGGUCUUGGCCAUAGUGGAGUUUGGAGUGUGACUGUUUGAGGUUGUGGACAGGUGUCUUUUAUACUGAUAACAAGUUCAAACAGGUGCCAUUAAUACAGGUAACGAGUGGAGGACAGAGGAGCCUCUUAAAGAAGAAGUUACAGGUCUGUGAGAGCCAGAAAUCUUGCUUGUUUGUAGGUGACCAAAUACUUAUUUUCCACCAUAAUUUGCAAAUAAAUUCAUUAAAAAUCCUACAAUGUGAUUUUCUGGAUUUUUCUUCCUCAAUUUGUCUGUCAUAGUUGACGUGUACCUAUGAUGAAAAUUACAGGCCUCUCUCAUCUUUUUAAGUGGGAGAACUUGCACAAUUGGUGGCUGACUAAAUACUUUUUCUCCCCACUGUAUGUGAAUUCAAGUUCGGAGCAGUUUGACCACGAGCCGGAUGCCUUUGUACCUGAUUCCCCUGGUGAAUCUUGAACUUGCCCGACCUGCUAUCACGCUACAUUUGUGUGCACCACAAGGGACAACUAAUUGUGCCAGUAUAAAUUGCUGUCAGGAUCUGGGGCUCUCAGACCAACUCAGAUGUAUUAAGAUUCCGUUUUACGGCAUGCAAAGGAAAAGUUACAGUUAAAACGUUUUGCAAUUAUUAUUUUUUGUUAUUGGAAAUGUUUAGGUAGUCCCUCCCUUUUUCAGUCCAUUGUCUUCCGUUUGGGGCCAAAUGAACAUGACCCUAGUCAGUAGUGCACAGUGCAAUGUGUAAUGUGUGGAGCAUUUCAUAAAAAAUUGAACUGUGUGAAGGGAUAAUAUGUGACCCACCACCUCAAUUCGGUCUUAUGUAGCAACAUUUUAAAUUGUGUUUUUUACAUUGGAUAAAAGUACAGACUGAAUGUUUUGGUACACCUACUGGAGAGCUCUUCUUUGUCUACACCCAUUCAGCAGCGUUCACACUCUCUUAAGCCAUAGCCCCACCCAUCUCUUUAAGGAUUCACGUGAGGCCAUGUGCUAAACAGAGUGAGUAAGGUAGUGUAGUAAACAACCAAAGAUUUCAAGACUAAAAGAGGUGAAAGUAGUAGCAAAAAGUAGUAGAAAAAAUACACUUUAUCUAGUCCUUGGCCUAUAUCCUAAUCUGACUUUGGUGCAGGUCAUGUUAUUCUUCACAUUACAGUCUCUGGUAAACACACGCUAUAUCAAAUAAAAUCAAAGUUUAUUUGUCACAUGCACAGGAUACAGAAGGUGUAAACGGUAGAAUAAAAUGGUUACUUGCAUAUUUGCAUAGUAGCAAUAUGAAAAACAGAAUGUGUCCAGAAAAAAAUAUUGUAUAAACAUUUUAUAAUCAUUAGAUGAUGCUUACCCACACACACUUGUCUAAAUUGAUGGGUCAUGUGAAAUAAAUGCUAAAACCACCCCCCAGCCACAUCUAGCUAAGUGGAUGGGUCACUAUUGUCUAGAUAUGCACACAUGUAGGGCUCCCGAGUGGCGCAGCGGUCUAAGGCACUGCAUCUCAGUGCUUGAGGCGUCACUACAGACCCCCUGGUUUGAUUCCAGGCUGUAUCACAACUGGCCGUGAUUGGGAGUCCCAUAGGGCGGCGCACAGCGUCGUCCGGGUUUGGCCGGGUAGGCCGUCAUUGUAAAUAAGAAUUUGUUCUUAACUGACUUGCCUAGUUAAAUAAAGGUAAAAAAUCAUAAAAUACAAUAGAUGGCCAUAAUCACACCCAGACACAUCUGGCAAAGUGGAGUCUUUUGUUUAGACAUGAACCAUAAUCCCAACCCAUAGCUACAGUACAAACGGAUUGUCAUAGCUAGCCACCAUGCAUGAAAUGCUGUAGUAUGAUUCUGCAGGUAGCUAAAGCUAACCAAUUAGGUUCAAUGUUUGCUAGCUAGCUAACAGUACGCUUUAACUUGCAAUGAAAACAACUUUCUGACAACAUUUGAAACAUAUCAUAUCUGAAAAUGUAGCUAGACUCUCUUACCCGUAUACAUGGAUGAACGCUACAUGCCAGAAUGGAACCACUUUGACUAAGUAAGACGUCUUGUGUCUUUUCCAUUUUGUUUGUAGCUAGCUAAAGUUUGUUUGGCCCGUUUUGUCAAGUCACUCCGGUUCACACUGACCGUGUGCAGAAAGUAGUCCAUCACAACUUUUCCCCACUGAUCUUUGUCGAUAGCGCCUGCUAAAUUCAGGGCAGCAAUGUUGUAAAAUUGAUUAAAUUGAUAUUUUUUGUCACUGGCCUACACACUACCCCAGCGUUUCCCAAACUCAGUCCUCGGGACUCCAAAGGGUGCAUGUUUUGGUUUUUGCACAGUUGAUUCAAAUUAUCAAAGCUUGAUGAUUAGUUUAUAAUUUGAAUCAGCUGUGUAGUGCUAGGGCAACAACCAAAACGUGCACCCCUUGAGGUCCCGAAGACCAAGUUUGGGAAACCCUGCACUACCCCAUAAUGUCAAAGUGGAAAUAUGUUUUUCAAAAUUUUUACAAAUGAAUUAAAAAUGAAAAGCUGAAAUGUCUUCAUUCAAUAAGUAUUCAACCCCUUUGGUAUGGCAAGCCUAAAUUUCAGGAGUAAAAAUGUCACAUAAUCAGUUGCAUGGACUCACUCUGUGUGCAAUAAGAGUGAACAUGAUGUUGAAUGACUACCUCAUCUCUGUACCCCAGACAUACAAUUAUCUGUAAGAUCACUCAGUCGAGUAGUGAAUUUCAAACAUAGAUUCAACCACAAAGACCAGGUAGGUUUUCCAAUGCCUCGCAAAGAAGGGCACCUAUUGGUAUGUGGGUAAAAAAAAAUGCUGAUAUUGACUAUCCCUUUGGGCAUGGUGAAGUAUAGUAAUAUAAAUAUAAUUACAUUUUGGAUGGAAUAUUAAUACACCCAGUCACUACAAAGAUACAGGCGUCCUUCCUAACUCAGUUUCCGGAGAGGAAGGAAACCGCUCAGGGAUUUCACCAUGAGGUCAAUAGUGACUUUAAAACAGUUACAGAGUUUAAUGGCUGUGAUAGGAGAAAACUGAGGGUGGAUCAACAAAAUUGUAGUUACUCCACAGUACGAAUUUACAGAGUGAAAAGAAGGAAGCCUGUACAGAACAAAAAUAUUCCAAAACAUGCAUCCUGUUUGCAAUAAGACACUAAAGUAAAACUGCAAAAAAUGUGGCAAAGAAAUGAACUUUAUGUCCUGAAUACAAAGCAUUAUGUUUGGGGCAAAUCCAACACAACACAUCACUUUUCAUUUUUUCAAGCAUGGUGGUGGCUGCGUCAUGUUAUGGGUAUGCUUGUCAUCAGCAAGGACUAGGGAGUUUUUUUGUGAUAAAGAAACGGAAUAGAGCAAAGCACAGGCAAAAUCCUAGAGGAAAACCUGGUUCAGUCUAAUUUCCAACAGACACUGGGAGACAAAUGCACCUUUCAGCAGGACAAUAUACAACGCUAAAUAUACACUGGAGUUGCUUACCAAGACGACAUUGAAGCCGUCAUAAGACGGCCUAGUUACAGUUUUUACUUAAAUCGGCUUGAAAAUCUACGGCAAGACUUGAAAAUGGCUGUCUCGCAUUGAUCAACAACCAUAUUGAGCUUGAAGAAUUUUAGAAAGAAUAAUGUGCAAAUAUUGUACAGUCCAGGUGUGCAAAGCUCUUAGAGAGUUACCCAGAAAGACUCACAGCUGUAAUUGCUGCCAAGGUGAUUCUAACAUGCAUUGACUCAGGGGGUUGAGUACUUAUCAAAUCCAGAUAUAUUAUUAUUAUUUUUUGUUUUUUUAUUUACAAAUGUUAGAAUUUUUCUUCCACUUUGACAUUAUAGUAUUUUGUGUAGAUCAUUGAUGAACAAAGGUAACACAACAAAGUGGAAAAUGUCAAGGGGUGUGAAUAGUUUCGGAAGGCACUGUACAUUGUCUACACUGUAUACAGUGCAUUCGGAAAGUAUUCAGACCCCUUCACUUUUUCCACAUUUUGUUAUGUUACAGUCUUAUUCUAAAAUAGAUUUUUCAAAAAAUCCUCAUCAAUCUGCACACAAUACCCCAUAAUGACAAAGUCAAAACAGGUUUUUAGAAGUGUUUGCAAAUUAAAAAUUAAAAACAGAAAUACCAUAUUUAGAUAACUAUUCACACCCUUUGCUAAGAGACUCGAAAUUGAGCUCGGGUGCAUCCUGUUUCCAUUGAUCAUCCUUGAGAUGUUUCUACAACUUGAUUGGAGUCCACCUGUGGUAAAUUCAACAUGAUUUGGAAAGGCACACACCUGAGACAGGAUUGUGUCGAGGCACAGAUCUGGGGAAGAGUACCAAAACAUUUCUGCAGCAUUGAAGGUCCCCAAGAAAACGGUGGCCUCCAUAAUUCUUAAAUGGAAGCAGUUUGGAACCACCAAGACUCUUCCUAGAGCUGGCCGCCUGGGAGAAGGGCCUUGGUCAGGGAGGUGACCAAGAACCCAAUGGUCACUCUGACAGAGCUCCAGAGUUCCUCUGUAGAGAUGGGAGAACCUUCCAGAAGGACAACCAUCUCUGCAGUACUCCACCAAUCAGGCCUUUAUGGUAGAGUGGCCAGAUGGAAGCCACUUCUCAGUAAAAGGCACAUGACAGCCCGCUUGGAGUUUGCCAAAAGGCACCUAAAGACUCUCAGACCAUGAGAAACAAGAUUCUCUGGUCUGAUGAAACCAAGAUUGAACUCUUUGGCCUGAAUGCCAAGCGUCACGUCUGGAGGAAACCAGGCACCAUCCUUACAGUGAAGCAUGGGGGUGGCAGCAUCAUGCUGUGUGGAUGUUCUUCAGAGGCAGGGACUGGGACACUAGUCAGGAUCGAGGGAAAUAUUAACGGCGCAAAGUACAGAAAGAUCCUUGAUGAAAACCUGCUCAGGACCUCAGACUGGGGUGAAGGUUCACCUUCCAACAGGACAAUGACCCUAAGCACACAGCCAAGACAAUGCAGGAGUGGCUUCAGGACAAGUCUGUGAAUGUCCUUGAGUGGCCCAGCCAGAGCUCGGACUUGAACCCGAUUUAACAUCUCUGGAGAGACCUGAAAAUAGCUGUGCAGCGACGCUUCCCAUCCAACCUGACAGAGCUUAAGAGGAUCUGCAGAGAAGAAUGGGAGAAACUCCCCAAAUACAGGUGUGCCAAGCUUGUAGGUUCAUACCCAAGAAGACACAAGACUGUAAUCGCUUUGUCAUUAUCGGUUAUUGUGUGUAGAUAAAUGAACAAUUUAACCAAUUUUAGAAUAAGGCUGUAACGUAACAAAAUGUGGAAAAAACAAAGGGGUCUGAAUACUUUCCGAAUGCACUGUAUAGUAAAAUAUUGUCUGCAUAUAAUGAGAUUCUGCAGCAAUUUUUGUUAUUUAUUUCGAUUGACGAAUUGCCUGGGCCAGGAGUUCCAUGCGUAAUAAAUAUAGCAAAUAUUGCGGAUAUUGCCUGUUAUAACUAUGGCUGAGGGAUUGGCAAAUACACUGCUCAAAAAAAUAAAGGGAACACUAAAAUAACACAUCCUAGAUCUGAAUGAAUGAAAUAAUCUUAUUAAAUACUUUUUUCUUUACAUAGUUGAAUGUGCUGACAACAAAAUCACACAAAAAUUAUCAAUGGAAAUCAAAAUUUUCAACCCAUGGAGGUCUGGAUUUGGAGUCACCCUCAAAAUUAAAGUGGAACUCCACACUACAGGCUGAUCCAAUUUUGAUGUUAUGUCCUUAAAACAAGUCAAAAUGAGGCUCAGUAGUGUGUGUGGCCUCCACGUGCCUGUAUGACCUCUCUACAACGCCUGGGCAUGCUCCUGAUGAGGUGGCGGAUGGUCUCCUGAGGGAUCUCCUCCCAGACCUGGACUAAAGCAUCCGCCAACUCCUGGACAGUCUGUGGUGCAACGUGGCGUUGGUGGAUGGAGCGAGACAUGAUGUCCCAGAUGUGCUCAAUUGGAUUCAGGUCUGGGGAACGGGCGGGCCAGUCCAUAGCAUCAAUGCCUUCCUCUUGCAGGAACUGCUGACACACUCCAGCCACAUGAGGUCUAGCAUUGUCUUGCAUUAGGAGGAACCCAGGGCCAACCGCACCAGCAUAUGGUCUCACAAGGGGUCUGAGGAUCUCAUCUCGGUACCUAAUGGCAGUCAGGCUACCUCUGGCGAGCACAUGGAGGGCUGUGCGGCCCCCCAAAGAAAUGCCACCCCACACCAUGACUGACCCACCGCCAAACCGGUCAUGCUGGAGGAUGUUGCAGACAGCAGAACGUUCUCCACGGCGUCUCCAGACUCUGUCACGUCUGUCACAUGUGCUCAGUGUGAACCUGCUUUCAUCUGUGAAGAGCACAGGGCGCCAGUGGCGAAUUUGCCAAUCUUGGUGUUCUCUGGCAAAUGCCAAACGUCCUGCACAGUGUUGGGCUGUAAGCACAACCCCCACCUGUGGACGUCGGGCCCUCAUACCACCCUCAUGGAGUCUGUUUCUGACCGUUUGAGCAGACACAUGCACAUUUGUGGCCUGCUGGAGGUCAUUUUGCAGGGCUCUGGCAGUGCUCCUCCUGCUCCUCCUUGCACAAAGGCGGAGGUAGCAGUCCUGCUGCUGGGUUGUUGCCCUCCUACGGCCUCCUCCACGUCUCCUGAUGUACUGGCCUGUCUCCUGGUAGCGCCUCCAUGCUCCUGAUGUACUGGCCUGUCUCCUGGUAGCGCCUCCAUGCUCUAGACACUACGCUGACAGACACAGCAAACCUUCUUGCCACAGCUCGCAUUGAUGUGCCAUCCUGGAUGAGCUGCACUACCUGAGCCACUUGUGUGGGUUGUAGACUCCGUCUCAUGCUACCAGUAGAGUGAAAGCACCGCCAGCAUUCAAAAGUGACCAAAUCAUCAGCCAGGAAGCAUAGGAACUGAGAAGUGGUCUGUGGUCACCACCUGCAAAACCAGUCCUUUAUUGGGGGGUGUCUUGCUAAUUGUCUAUAAUUUCCACCUGUUGUCUAUUCCAUUUGCACAACAGCAUGUGAAAUGUAUUGUCAAUCAGUGUUGCUUCCUAAGUGGACAGUUUGAUUUCACAGAAGUGUGAUUGACUUGGAGUGUUCCCUUUAUUUUUUUGAGCAGUGUAGCAUUUUAAUCAUUUUAAUGAAAUUUAAGCCAAUUCCCAUAUGUUCCAAGACAGACCAGAGAUACAGUAUGACAAUUCUAGUCUAUCAAAAGCUUUUUCUGCAUCGAGCUGCUAAUGGAGGAAGUUAUUUAUUCUGUCUACGCGUAAAAAUGAGCUUGGGAUGGGCAGGAUUUUUAUCAGGACGGGACAGGAACGUUCCGGGGUUAUAGAACUGUUGUGUGAAAAAAAUUGACAGGACAAGACAGGACAGGAAUCUUCACUUCCGUGUCAACCUCUAAUGUCCGCUCCACUACUCCUAUUUGACCUCUAACCCUGCUCACCAGGACACCAUGGGCCAAUGCACGUGAGACCUACUUCAGAAGCGGCAAGAACAAGCAGUCUCUGGAUGCCAUUGAGAAGGCUGCCUUCUUCGUAACCCUCGACGACUCAGAACAGAAAUACGAGGCUGACAACCCGGUGAAAUCAUUAGACAGCUACGCCAAGUCCCUCCUCCACGGCAAAUGCUACGACAGGUGAGUGGCUGAAACCAGUCAAAGGUUGUGAUUGAGCAAGUUCCAACCAAUGACAGCCAAGGAGGGCAGCUCAGGCUAUCAAUCCACUGAGGAAUUAGAACAAUUCCCACUAGGCACAGACGUCAAUUCAACAUCUAUUCCACAUUGGUUCAACGUCAUUUGGUGGAAAUAACGUUGAUUCAACCAGUGUAUGCCCAGUGGGUUAUGUCACAUUGUGCUGUUUCUACAGUAUACCUUGGUCCAAAAUCUGUUUGUGCGUUCUUGCCAACUCCUAUGGUCAUUGUCACGACAAACUUGGCAAGACAGCACAAACAGAUCUGGGACUAAGCUACUGUUUCUGUAGGCCAGUUACCAUAAUCUCGCUGCAGUUGUUACAUCCAUUUUUAGACUUUUAAAUUAAUGUUAUAUAGCCUCCUCCAUUGAUUAUUGAACAAUAUAACUUAUAGAUGCCUCAUGAGUUUAGUUCAACUGUCAUACCCCAUCAGAACCCAACAUAUAAGCUUGUUUUACUUCUUAGUUUGUAAACAAACAAUUUAUAGCCUCAAAACAUGGUUAAAAAUAUAAUAUUGAUAUCAUGGAUGGUCAGUCCCUGUAUCCAUAGCUCUGUCCAUGAGUUUGAGAGUGGUUUCAUUUCUCCAGUCCCAUCCCUCAGCUGUUUAGUAACUGCAGAUUGCCCCUUUAAGAUACAUUUUACAUGGUGCUGUGUUUCUCCAGGUGGUUUGACAAGUCCUUCAACCUCAUCGUCUUCAAGAACGGAACCAUGGGCCUGAAUGCCGAGCACGCCUGGGCCGACGCACCAAUCAUAGGCCAUCUCUGGGAGGUAUGUCCCAUACAACAGCCAAUCGGCUUAUUUGUGAAUUGAGCGAAUUUCGGCAGGUCUGUCCUUUUAACAUAUUGUGAAAGAUUUUCAAUCUAAAGAGUUGAGCUCUGUCAUUGUAUUGUCAGUUACUGAUUUUCUCUCCCCUCCAUCUCUCAGCAAGUCUUGUACAUGGACCCUCUGGAGCUGGGCUACACUGAGGAGGGCCACUGCAACGGGGAGCCCCACCCCAACCUGCCCGGACCCCAGAGGCUGCAGUGGGACAUCCCUGCAGAGGUGAAAGGAGAAUUGGUUACAUUUAUAUUUGUAUUCCAAAACCGCCAAAUGUCCAACCUUUGUUUCAUGGCCAGGUACUGAUGGCCCUUUGAAUGCUGGAUCGUAUUCAUUAGUGAAGACCAAAACAUUUUCCAUUGCAUAACAAUUUGCUAACGUUUGCACCAAUGAAAACAAGCGUUUCUUAUUGGACAAGAUCAGGUAGUCCCUCCCUGUUUUGGUACGUUUUCUUCCGUGGUGUCUAGUGAAUAAGACGUCUUUGUUUGCGUUCUGUGAAUAUGACCCUGGAUUCCAGUUGGUGUCCAGUGAUCUAAAAUGAUAUUUUAUUUUAUUUGACUUUCGCCAGAGCUACUGCUAACACUACUAGUGGUCCUCUGUAGCUCAAUUGGUAGAGCAUGGCGCUUGUAACGCCAGGGAAGUGGGUUCGAUCCCCGGGACCACCCAUACGUAAAAAUGUAUGCACACAUGACUGUAAGUCGCUUUGGAUAAAAGCGUCUGCUAAAUGGCAUAUUAUUAUUAUACUAUUGGCUAAGUCAGGGGCUUGCAACUACAUUAAGCCUUAGGCCACAUCUAAUUGGCUUGUGGGGCCGGAUUUGGCCCGUGGGCCACCAGUUGAUUGACAUGUGUUCUACGUUAUCUUGUGAUCCUCAGUGCCAGAGUACAAUCCAGAGCUCUCUGAAGUUGGCCCAGGCCCUGGCGGAUGACGUGGACUCGCACAUCUUCCCCUUCAAGGACUUUGGCAAGGGCCUGAUCAAGAAGUGCCGCACCAGCCCCGAUGCUUUCAUCCAGAUUGCCCUGCAGCUCGCACACUUCAGGGUGAAGGGAUUUCAAAAUAUAUUUAACGAUUAUUCAGGGCUCGACCUUCACGCAAAUAGCCGGACAAGCAGAAUAUAGAUUGAACUUGUCAGAGUGAACAAGUUAAAAAGAAAAAAAAAUGUCCUCCGGAUGCGAUGUGUAAACUCCAAUGUUUCCCCUGUAUUAAUUUAGCAGCGCCGCUACGCCGCUGCUAAAUUGUUGCCGCCAAAAAUAUAUUGAACAUAUAAAAAAAAAAAUAUUGGUCAAUGUGCACUUUGAAGAUGCUAGAACUGUCCACAUUUACUUUUCCUCUGUCAACAGCUUUCUAUUGCUACUACAUUUAUUUCUCAACUCUUAAAAAUGAACGAUCUGCACUGUUUUAGUAAACGUAAGCGCUCCACUAUUCACCAUGAGUGCAUAGGGUCUAAAUGUAACACGGGUCAAUUGUAACAGGGAGUAGGCCUACAUUAUAGUCACUGUGUUUUUGGGGGGAUAUUAAAGUCAUCAAUAUGUUGCUAUCUUUUAACAAGAUCAUUUUUAGAGUUUGGGAUCAAGCUAAUGAUUAGCCCAAUGGGGAAUGCAUAUUGUCAACACCAUGCUUCAGCCUUUGUAUUUAGCUAUUAUGCAGCAUCAGGUGGGCUACAGAUGUUAACAAAGAUAUUUAUAACUAACCCAAGAUAGUUAAUCUGUAUCGGGGAAGAACAAGCAAGGAGGUGGGCAAAGUCAAGCACGAGCUAGCGAGAUCUUAUUGGUGCGUUGUAGCAUGUGUUUGUAUAUUUCCAUUAGGGAACGCCUCAUCUGUGAAGUGUGCGUGUGCACAAACUAAAUUCGGCCUUGCACUCCUUCUAAACAACGCAGUUUUUUUUUAAACUUCGGCAAACGUCAAGUCUACAAAGCGUAGUGCACUGUGUUCAUAACAUGUUGUAGUUUUGUGAACAGAAAAAUGUAUUGAGAUCAGAUGUUUCAUCAAUGAGAAAAUUAGCAGCAUUUUAUUUUCAUUCAUCUUGCAGUAGAAUGUCCAUGUUCUAUGCAGAACUGUUGAGCAGUUAUUAAAAAGACAUUAAUUGUACUUUACAGCUUAGACCAGAGGCUAGAACGUGUUUUUGAUUGGUUGUUAUGGUUGUAUCGUUGAGGGGACAUGGAAACAUUUGCUCUGAAAGUGAUCCCAACUAUAGCUAUCGUUGUUGUUCUCCACUGUUGUAGUGUGAAGGCUGAUGUUCACUUGAAUUCGAACGAUUUCUGUUAACGUUAUAGUUUUCGUUAUAGUUAUCGCCCUAGGUGUGGAUGGCACUUUAAACUGUCAGGGAAACUGCCCCUAGAAGUACAAGGCAAUAAUUAAGCCAUGAUGUGUAACAGCUGACGGCAUGUUUAUUAUUACGUACUUGUAUGUUCUCUGCAGGAUAAGGGAAAGUUCUGUCUAACGUACGAGGCAUCGAUGACACGUUUGUUCAGAGAGGGCCGUACGGAGACGGUGCGCUCCUGCACCAUGGAGACCUGCGCCUUCGUCCGCUCCAUGAUCAGAGACGAGACGGUAAGGGUCAGAGUUCACAAUGACCCCUCACCUCACUCCUGCUUCUAUCCUCCAUUCUCCUUUUUAAAUCAGUGUGGUUUGUGUGUUGUCAAUCAUACAUCCAAAAUACUUAAACAAUGUUAUUGUGGGGUGCUGUCCACUAAAAGGAAAUGACUACCACACUCCAGGAAGAAUUGUACGAUAUUCUUUAACCGCCUAAGGUUGAUGUCUGUGCUCCUGCGGAAAUCUAAUUAACAUAAUAAUAAAAAUCCCCAUCAAAAUCCAUCGGUUUAAGCUAGAGAUAUGUCUUUUUUUGCAUUGGAAUGCGUCUCGAUGCAACGCAUCCGCCUAUGUUGCACUUCCGCAUCUGCGGUGAAAGGUGACAGAGCUAGAGCGGUGUUUGUCAGACCAUGAGACAUCCCGAAAAUCUGUCUUCUCACAAAAUCGUCGGCCUACAAACUAUUAUGUAAGAUGAGACUCUCACUAACACGAUGGUGAUCUCCGUUUUGCACUACGAUCCCCACAAGCAUAUUGGGACUCAUCGGAAGUUGGUACAGCCGAUCUGCCAACUUCUGUCUGUAGCGUCCGAACAGUUUGGGCUACACACUAAUAUGACCCCUCUGUGCAAAGAUGAGACUCUCACGUACAUGCCAGUUAUUUUGCUUUAAGACACGCACAGGGCUCACAAGACUCGUCUGAAGGUCCCCCGGUUCCAGUUGAAAUAAUUAAUGGAAGUAUUAAAGGAGACUGUUUUAGUGUCAGAAAUAAGGGGUUAAAUAUAGUGAACAAAAAUAUAAGUGCAACAUGCAACAAUUUCUAAGAUUGUACUGGAGUUACAGUUCAUAAAAGGAAAUCAGUCAAUUGAAAGUAAUUAAUUAGGCCGUAAUCUAUGGAUUUCACAUGACUAGGCAGGGACGCAGGUAGGGUAUAGGCCCAUCCACUUGGGAGCCAGGCCCAGCCAAUGAGAGUGAGUUUUUCCCCACAGAAGGGCUUUAUUACAGACAGAAAUACUCCUCAGCACCCCCCUCCCCUCCUCAGACGAUCAGGUGAAGAAGCCGGAUGUGGAGGUCCUGAGCUGGCGUGGUUACACCAGGUCUGCGGUUGUGAGGCCGGUUGGACGUACUGCCAAAUUCUCUAAAACGACGGAGGUGGCUUAUGGUAGAAAAAAUGAACAUUAAAUUAUCUGGCAACAGCUCUGGUGGACAUUCCUGCAUGCCAAUUGCACACUCCUUCAACACUUGAGACAUCUGUGGCAUUGUGUUGUGUGACAAAACUUCACAAGGUGCACCUGUGUAAUGAUCAUGCUGUUUAAACAGCUUCUUGAUAUGCCACACCUGUCAGGUGGAUGGAUUAUCUUGGCAAAGGAGAAAGGCUCACUAACAGGGAUUUUAACAAAUGUGUGUUUUUUUUAUACUUCAAGGGGUCUUAAAAUUCAAAAUCAAAUAGCUAAAGGAUCCUUGGUAUGACCUUCUUAAAACAAUUCCAUAUACAGUAGUUUAGUAGAACCCCCCCUCCCCCGGCUUAUACAGAGCUUAGACUCUUAUGGGUUAAUUUAAUAAAAAAUAACAAGGUUAAACAAAGAGAAACAGAAGCCAAUGCCCAACAUUUUGGCUAUAUUGUCAAGAUGCCUUUGUACCUCCUUCUUUCCCUUUAUCUUUAUGGUUCUACCUCACCUCAUCUCUCUCUCUCUGUCCUCAGAAAGAGGAGCGUAUGAGACUACUGAAGGAGGCAUCAGAGAAGCAUCAGAACAUGUAUCGUGAGGCCAUGACAGGGAAGGGCAUCGACCGUCACCUCUUCUGCCUUUACGUAAUCUCCAAGUACCUGGGAGUGGACUCUCCCUUCCUCCAUGAGGUGAGUGAUGGUUGCUACGGACACUGAAAAGUAAAAAAAUAAAAAAUAAAGUAGAAGUCGAGUCUUGACUUGACUUUAUUAAACCCAUAGUGCUGGUUUCCCGGACACAUAUUUGAGUCCUGGACUAAAAAUAAUUUUUGAUGAAGAUUCUCCAUCUUGCUUUUCAGUUCAGGAAAACUGCCCGUUAGACUGCUUACAAGAUAAUGAUACAAAUGUGUAAUUUGGUUGAACUGUCCCUUUAAACUGUCUGUGUUUCUGUGUCCUGCAGGUUCUGUCAGAGCCCUGGAGGCUGUCCACCAGUCAGACUCCACUGCAGCAGGUGGAACUUUUUGACCUGGCCAAACACCCUGAUUUUGUCACCUCCGGUGGAGGCUUCGGCCCGGUGAGUAUUCUCUUCUCUUCUCUCACUGCUGAAUCCUUCUAAAUGUCAUCCAUGUCCAGGUAGUUUGGUGCCUAAUUAAAGAGACCCAGCUUAUCUAUGGUUGUCUCCUCUAGGUGGCUGACGACGGUUACGGAGUGUCUUACAUCAUUCUUGGAGAGGACCUCAUCAACUUCCACAUCUCCAGCAAACACUCUAGCCCAGAGACCGUAUGUUUACAUGUGAUACAAUUCCACUCAGUUAUGCUAUUUUGCUAUGUCUGCAAUUUUGGUUUUACAGUGUUCAUUUUACAGUGCUCUCUCUCUCACACCUCUCUUCUACCGGUUUCUCAUACCUCUCUCUCCUACCUCUUUCUAUCCCUCUAAAUAUCAUUCUCUCUCUCGCUCUCUCUCGCUCUCUCUCUCUCGCUCUAGGACUCCCACCGCUUCAUGGGUAACAUUAAACAGGCCAUGCUGGACCUUAAGGGUCUGUUUGACUUCAACAAGAAAGCCAUCAAG